AGUAUGGUCUGAUGAUACAGUUGAAGAACUGAAGUUAAUGGCUCUUUCUAAACUAGAAUUGAAAAAUUCCUCGUAUAGACUUCGUAAACUUCCUGAAAACAUCUGGAGAAAACCACCUUUGCAUGACUGUGACACACUGAAGGAUGCUGGGAUCUGUGAUGGCACUUUGCUCAUUUUAGAAGAUGGUAGUCCUCCAAAAAGUGAUGAGAUAACUCUGUUGUUCAGUGUUGGGGCUGGAGCUGGAGAUCAGGCAGACUUUGAGGUGAAUAUUGAGAAACAGGCUUCAAUAUCUCAAUGUCUUAAAUCUAUGCUUCGUACAGCAGAAAUAGAAGUUAAGCUAAAGUUAAAGAUUAAGAAAGUUGAGAAAAAUGCCGAGGAAAAUUCCGAAGACUAUCAGGUUAAAAUACUGACACCACAGUAUUGCAAGGAAAUUCUGUCUGUUCAUGGACUGGAUACCAUUGAAGUGUUGCUUCAUCAAGACAGACAUCUAUCAGCAUGA